AUGACGACCGGCGCUGAGAAGACGACGAAAGAGAAGCCAAAGAGAACGAAACGAGAUAACAGAAAGAAACAUGAUUCCAAACGCCAGGAUACAGGCGAUGGCGCGUACGAGAGAAAGACGACGAUUUCUUCGUCGAGUUCCGCGAUUCCAUCACUAGAACUACCAAUGCUCAUGCCCAUACCCGUUGCCGACCCUCGCCCAUUCGAUGUGCUGCACCCGAAGCCACGUCAGAUGAACCUGGCGUCUACAAAGCAUUCUGAAGUCCUCGGCCGGUCGUAUAACUUUUAUGAUAUUGCCGACAAGGUCAGCAAUAGGAAUGGAUUCAGAUAUACAUACGCAGUUGAAGAUCCAGGAUUUCCACACAUUAGAUACCGCCAAACCGAUGUUCCUCCAUACUAUUCACGAUUCAGCUUUGAGGAUUCUCCAGCCUCGAUCACCUUCACAGAAGACGGCCGUGGGGUGAGCACCAGUGACCCAUGGCACUCUGCCCGAACCAAUGUUUGCGCCCGCGAAGGAACGUACUACUAUGAAGCCAAGGUAGUGAGCGGGGUUAUUCGAGGCUCACAGCCAGGACCGUCAUCCCGAGGAAAUAUACGACUCGGGUUUGCCCGCCGAGAGGCCGAUCUUGAUGUCAAUGUUGGCGUUGACUGUUAUGGCUACGGUAUUCGAGACGUCAAUGGCGAGGUUGUGAAUCGAAUGCGAUGCGAAUAUUUCUUCCCCAAGGACGAGUCUAUCUGCGAAGGCGAUGUAAUCGGCAUGUUGAUUACGCUCCCACCACUGGAACUACACAAGAAGGUCGUCGAAGGGACUUAUGACCCGCCGGCUGAAGGUGAUGAAAUGGAUGUAGACCAUCCAGCACCUCAACCUGCACCGGUUAAUUUUAUUCGGGACCGUAUCCCUUUUCACUUGAAGUCCGACUUUAUGUACCAGCAAAGCCACGUCUUUGCUUCUAAACACCUCCGCGACUACGCUUUUAACCUCAAAGAGACCCCUACAUAUGGCCCUCCUUCUCCCGGAAAUGCAGAAGAUGCAUCCCUUCGAACGUUACCUGGAUCCAGCAUAGUAAUCUUUAAGAAUGGAGUCAAGAUGGGCACCCCCUUUGAAAAUCUAUAUGCCUUCCUCCCACCGGCUUCGCGGUUUGCACAGGCCAGCAAUAACCUAGGUAUAGGUGAGCGCGAAAACGCCGAUGAUGGCAUGAUCGGCUACUAUCCUACGGUUAGCUGCCAUAAUGGCGGAGCAGUGGAUUGUCGAUUCGAAGCUCCUUGGUUCAUCGGCCCGCCUGUCGAUGAGUUUCCGAACGUGAAACCUUUCGGCGAGAGGUUUAACGACCAGAUUUGUGAGGAUAUAGUCGCCGAUAUCGUGGAUGAGGUGGAUGCAUUUUGCGCUGGCUGGCGGUUAGACGUGCCCGCCAUCCAUGCAGCCAGCGGCACGAAUGCGUCUACGCCAGCUCCCUCGAAUUUACGGGAGGCAAGUGUCGCGAGUGCUCCCAUGAGUACGUCUAUGGAUGGGGCACCGGAUACACCGAGUGCAUUGAGCCAGAUGAUAGAAUGA